AGCUUGGAUAGCUUAGGGCGGGUGUCGGGCUCCGUGGGAGGCAGAAGAGAGCGGGGCUGCGAUUGGCUUAGGGUGGUUGGUGUAGCGAUUUUUGAAUUGCAGGGAGGGUGCUGGGACCGAUGAGCAGAUCCCCAUGCAUACACUAGACCAGAGGUGGGCAAACUUUUUGGCCUGAGGGCCACAUCAGGGUUCCAAAACUGUAUGGAUGCCAGAAAUAAUGGCAAAGUACAAGCAACGCCGGCGGAAGCUGCGGGCCCGAGCAAAACUUCUAAUGAACAAGAAGGGAGAUGUCACUAAACUGCAGUGCUUGAAUCCUCUCCCUCAAAGGUUAUUGGAUGGUCUUCCUCCAAAUCUCCCCCACAGCCAAAGUAGUAUUUUCUCAGUCUGGCCAUUAGUCCUCCCCAGUGUAAAGGAUGCAGUAAGGCCCUUGGCAAUGACAGCAUCAUCUUUGUACUGGUGGUGCCAGAACAGUGUUGCACAGAGUUUUGAAGUCAUCAAAGACACCAUAUUUCCUUCACGACUCUACCUGCGGCAACUGAACAUGCUGAAGCAACACGUGGAAAAGCUGGAAAUUGAAUUUUCCAGACUACAAGGAGUGAUCCAGAUGAGUGGGACUGUUGUUAGUUCCUCAGAAAACUCUCCUUCCCAAAGAUGUAAUAAACCAUUACUAGCUGUUCCUGUCUGUGCACAAAUCGGUUUGGCAGACCCAGUAUCCCUGCCUUCUGCAGGAAUGCUGCAACCUGCAUCUGCUCCUCCACCUCCACCACCUCCUCUUCCUCCACCACCACCACCACCUGCACCUUUACCACUCAAAAGGGGCAACAGCACAAAAGCACUUCAGGCUACAUCAGUAAAAGAUGGGCCCGUACAAAUAACUCUCAAGGAUCUCCUGAAUGUGAAACUAAAGAAGACCCAGAAGUACACAGAAACAGACCAGGCAGGAUCACCAGUGAAGAAGCACAGGGCAUUAAUUACAGUCUCAGAUUUACAAAGCAUUAAUCUGAGACCUAAACCCAACCUCCUACCAGCUCCCAUUACAAACCUCCUAAUCACUCCCAGCAAAAAUCAAAUAGACCUUAGAAAACAUCUUAAGAAAGUCAAUAUUCAGAGGAGUCCUGGUGGAACUCCAUUAACUAACAAAGAGAACAUGGAAACUGGCACAGGAUUGACUCCAAUAAUGACACAGGCACUGAGGCGCAAAUUUCAGAUGGCUCACCCAAAGACUCCCUCUCCAGCUCGGUUACAUACUGCAAGCAGCUUUGAUGAACAGAACUAGAUCUGUGCUGCAAAAUUUUUAUGUCAGAUGAGGGUCAGGUAGCUACUUGUCUAACCCCAAUUUUAUAUCACUAAGGGGUAAAGAAUUUGUUUUUUUAAGUAAGUUUAGCCCACAUAAAAAGUGCCAUUUUGAUGGUCCUCAAGAGGGAAGUCUUCUGUCCACAGAAGGUACAGCCAUCCGCAGAAUGUCCUAAUGUGUCUCAGUCUUCACACUGGGGUACCUCUUCAAAUGAUGAGAAGAGAAUGAAGUCUCUUUGGUCCAUUGGAACAUUGACUUCUUCUGAAACUUCCAAAAGUGUUAUGUUUUUGUGAUAUAGAUGCAUAUGUACAAGGAAGUAAUUUAAAUUUAAUGUUGUUUGUCUUACUUUUUUUAAAGAUGACUUUGGCAAUAUUUGUAAUGUUAGAGGAAAAAAAUUCAAAAGAGGAAUGUAACAAAUAGGUUUGCAAAACUUUUUAUAAAUAAUUGUUAUGUGGCUCAAUAAGAAAGUAUUAUUACAGUUUUCCAGCAUGUACCAUUUUGGUUUGUGUUUACAUUAACAUACCCGAUUUGAGACAACACUGUUUAGUGUUUAGAGCCAGGGGACUGGAAGUAAGGAACUCGUAAGUUCCUGGCUCUCCCACUGACUUGCUAUGUGACCUUGGGCAUGGUCACUAAAUGUGUCUCAGUUUCCCCAUCUGCAAAAUUUGGCUUAUAAUACUGACCUCAUAGGAAGGUUGCGAUAAUUAACUAAUAAUAUUAAUGAAGUGCUUCAAAAUGGAAAGCUCAGAGGUCCUAACUGGUGUUUUAGGAAUGGAAUGAACAUGCUUGGUUCCUAAACAAAUAUAUAGUUACUAUAAGCCACCUUAAACUCCUACUGCCAAUAUCCAGUCUUGUUUACUCUAAUUAUUACAUGUUUACACUGCAUGUUUUCCACCACUGAUUACACAUUUCCUAUUGUAUUAACUUGAAACUAAACCACAAAAAUAG